UGCCUCUUAGAACCUUCCUGCGGUCGUGCUCGCAUCUCUCUGCUGCAGCCUCCGGAGCCACGUUCCAUCCCUUCAGCCUGAGACCAGCCAAGAAAAAAAAAAAAAAAAAAAAGAACCAAUUAUCUUUUCUUGCUCGGUACCUACCUUGAAGCCAGCACAAAUUUAUUACAGUAAACCGUAGCCAUGAGGGAAAUCGUGCACAUCCAGGCCGGCCAAUGUGGCAACCAGAUCGGUGCUAAGUUCUGGGAGGUGAUCAGCGAUGAACACGGCAUCGACCCCACCGGCACCUACCAUGGAGACAGCGACCUGCAGCUGGACCGAAUCUCUGUGUACUACAAUGAAGCCACAGGUGGCAAGUAUGUCCCUCGGGCCAUAUUGGUGGAUCUAGAACCCGGGACCAUGGACUCCGUUCGAUCAGGUCCUUUUGGCCAGAUCUUCAGACCAGACAACUUUGUUUUCGGUCAGUCUGGGGCAGGCAACAACUGGGCUAAGGGUCACUACACGGAGGGAGCUGAGCUGGUUGACUCUGUCCUGGACGUGGUGCGGAAGGAGGCAGAGAGCUGUGACUGCCUGCAGGGCUUCCAGCUGACCCACUCGCUGGGUGGAGGUACCGGUUCUGGUAUGGGCACCCUGCUCAUCAGCAAGAUCCGAGAAGAAUAUCCCGACCGAAUCAUGAAUACCUUCAGUGUGGUACCCUCACCCAAAGUGUCUGACACCGUGGUGGAGCCCUACAAUGCCACCCUGUCUGUCCAUCAGCUGGUGGAGAACACCGACGAGACCUACUGCAUCGACAACGAGGCCCUGUACGACAUCUGCUUCCGCACUCUCAAGCUCACCACGCCGACCUAUGGGGACCUCAACCACCUCGUCUCGGCCACCAUGAGCGGGGUCACCACCUGCCUCCGCUUCCCAGGCCAGCUCAAUGCCGACCUCCGCAAGUUGGCGGUCAACAUGGUCCCCUUCCCACGUCUCCACUUCUUCAUGCCUGGCUUUGCCCCUCUCACCAGCCGUGGGAGCCAGCAGUAUCGGGCCCUCACUGUGCCUGAACUCACCCAGCAGGUCUUCGAUGCCAAGAAUAUGAUGGCAGCCUGUGACCCCCGCCACGGCCGAUACCUCACCGUGGCUGCCGUCUUCCGUGGGCGGAUGUCCAUGAAGGAGGUGGACGAGCAGAUGCUGAACGUGCAGAACAAGAACAGCAGCUACUUUGUAGAGUGGAUCCCCAACAACGUCAAGACCGCCGUCUGCGACAUCCCACCACGCGGCCUCAAGAUGGCCGUCACCUUCAUUGGCAACAGCACGGCCAUCCAGGAGCUCUUCAAGCGCAUCUCCGAGCAGUUCACGGCCAUGUUCCGCCGGAAGGCCUUCCUGCACUGGUACACCGGCGAGGGCAUGGACGAGAUGGAGUUCACUGAAGCCGAGAGCAACAUGAACGACCUCGUCUCCGAGUACCAGCAGUACCAGGAUGCCACCGCGGAAGAGGAAGAGGAUUUCGGGGAGGAGGCAGAAGAAGAGGCCUAAGCCAGAGAGAGAGAGCCCUGCGUCUUCUCCUCAGGCUACUUAGUUCCCUCAGCUUUCUUCAGCUGCCCGUUUUUCUCCUUCAGAGUUUUCUUUUCUGCUGCCUCUGUCCUGUUUUUUUAUUUUUUUCCAUGGGGGGGUAAACAGUGCCUGGCACAUAGUAGGCGCUCAAUAAAUAUUUGUUUGUGGAAUGUUUCCUUUCUCUUUCCACUCUGACAAACCUAGAUUUCUGCCAUUCUGAGUGUUGCCCUGUGUUUCCUUCUGGUACCCAUUUCUCAACUGUCAGUUAAUAUAUUUCCAAUAUGUUCUCCAGGAACCUGCCCAUUACUAAAAACCCAGGUGUAGUGGUCACCAUCCUAAAGCUAAGUGGGUCAGAGAAAGGUCACUAGAAGAGGGAUGGGGUUUUCCAUCGAGGCCAUUUACACAGGGGGAUCCACUGUGGCUUUGGGUUUUUUUUUUUUUUUUUUUUUUUUUUUUUUUUUUUUUAUCGACAGGUCUCCCCGUCCCUGCUUCAUCUCUCAGCCUCAGGAGAGGUAUUAACAGUAUUAUCUCCAUUUAUAGCCUCCCAGCUGUUCUGAGCCAAAUCUGCUAUUGGAGGUGUCUUUCCUGAGUUGUUCCUUUCUCCAUGGGUUGGGGGCAGAGCCUUAGUCUCACAAACUGCCCCAUCCACUUAAACCUCCAAAUUUGGAAAAGAGUGCUGCCACCUGGGUGUUAGGGGCCUUCCCCAGAGGGAGGGCGACUUUUGCUUCUGCCAUUUUCUUCCUGGUUUGGUCCUACCCUACCUACCCUUCUAUUUUGUGUUUGAACUUGGCUGCUUUUUUUCAUAUUGAAAAGAUGACAUUGCCCCCAAGAGACAAAAAUAAAUGGGAAUUGGAAAAAAGG